AUGGGAAACAAAAAUGUAUGCUGUUCUCAGCGAGAUAAGAAUGAUCUCAUUGUAGGAAUUGAGACUAGGAAUGAUAAGCACUUUAUAUUAAACUACCCCAGAAUGGUAAGAGACAUUGAUAGAAAACUAAAGAAAACAAUGGACAUCUAAAAAUAUCGCUAAUCAGACCUUACAAAUUUUAAAGCCAUUUAAAAAUAGCUCAAAAUUGAGAUUGAAUACAAUCAAAGAAAGUUGGAGGAGGAAUAAAAGCAAAAGACUACAAAGCGCUUAAUGAUUGAAAUUUGUGAGGCUACUGGUAUAACUAUGCCAAUUUUGUUCGCCCAAAGCUACAAAUGCUAAAUUAGAGUAAAAUAUCGUGGCAUAUCUAGAAAGACUUAAAAAAAUAUGAAUUGCUAAAACCCAAAAUUUUUCCAAUUAUUAAAAUUCCCAGUCAAUAAGAUAGACCCAGAGGACUGGUUUGAAAUUCAAUUUGUUGUUGUUGAUAAUGAGAAAGUUAGAAAAGUCAUAGCUAAAUAGUAAUUUAAGAUUUCUUAGUUUAAUGACUAAGUUCUACAUUUUUCCCAGUUAGAUCUGCCUAUACUUAGAGUACCACAAGAAUUAGAAUAUAGACACAAGAAAGGUUUGAGAUAAAGCUAAAAGGAAUAGCUUUUUAAAUAAUCACAAGAAUAAUAUAAUAGAUUAACAGGAGAUAACUUUGCCGAAUAAUUGGAUCAGAUUGGAUCUCCAAGGUAUGAUGGUUAAGAUUAAAACCCUGACGAUCUUUUUUCUGCUUUGAGUCCCAGGUCUCAAGAGGCAGGUCUAUUCUCACCAAAAUCCAAUACAAUAAAUAGAAGAGAUUCAGGGUCUUUUGGAACGAGAAAGAGCGCACAAAAUGAUGAUGAUGAUGAGCAAUUCCAAUUAGAUGCCUAUCCUGAAAAUCCAGUCAAACUUUCAAUCAGAGUAUAAAUAGUUCAAGAUGGUCCUAGUUUUCUAAAUGAUUUUCUUAAACAAUAUGAGGAAAGAUUGGAAAAAGUAAUUAAAUUUUUGGAUGCUGCCACUUUACAGAUAGCUAAAGAUAAGAGCCCUGAAAGUAAAUAAAAUCAAACCCCCACUCCAGAUGGUAAUACAGAUACUCCAGUUGAGGAUAAACCCAUUUCGUAAUUUAAUAUAGCUCAAUCAUGA